UCCUAUUUUUACACUAUGCUUAAUCUUGAUUCUACUCCCACCAAUAUGACAACCCACCCCACACAGGAUCGUAGGAUCCUGUUUCUUUUUCCUCUUGCAUUAGGCUCUUUUUUUCUUCUUGGAACCGUUAGAGUUUUACUUGAUAACUUGAAAAACAACCAAUUCCAAUUUCUCUGGCAAUCAAGUUUUUCUAGGGAUAAUAAUAAGUUUCUUAGAGUGCCAAUAAAUGUUACAUUAGAUGAGGUCAUUGAAGAAAGUUGCAAUGUGUUUGAAGGGCAAUGGGUUUGGGACAAUGUUACAUAUCCACUGUAUAAAGAAGACACUUGUCCUUAUUUGGUUAAACAAGUUACUUGUCAAAGAAAUGGAAGGCCUGAUUCUUUGUAUCAGAAUUGGAGAUGGCAGCCUCACGGUUGUAAUUUGCCCAGGUUCAAUGCUUUGAAGAUGCUGGAGAUGUUGAGAGACAAAAGGCUCAUGUUUAUUGGAGACUCCAUCCAGAGAGGCAUGUUUGAGUCAAUGGUCUGUCUAGUUCAAUCAGUGAUUGCAGAUGGUGACCAUUCCACUAUAAGAGUUCCUCCCAGAAAGAUUUUCAGAAUUGAGGAAUUUAAUGCAUCGAUCGAGUAUUAUUGGGCUCCUUUCAUGGUUGAAUCCAUUUCAGAUCAUGCAACUAAUCAUACUGUACUGAAGCGACUAGUUAAGCUUGACUCUGUAGAAAAGCAUCGCAAGCUUUGGGAAGGAGUUGAUAUUUUGGUAUUUGAAAGCUACGUGUGGUGGAUGCAUAAACCUUUCAUCAAUGCAACAUACGGAUCUCCUGAAAAUGUUCGAGAAUAUAACGUAACUACAGCAUACAGAUUGGCGUUAGAAACUUGGGCAAAUUGGAUAGAGUCAAGUGUUAAUCCUAAAAAACAAAAGGUCUUCUUUGCGACCAUGUCCCCAACACAUUUAUGGAACUGGGAAUGGAGAGGUGGAAUUGAUGGAAAUUGCUUUAACGAGACACAACCCAUCCGAGGACCCUACUGGGGAACUGGUUCAAAUCUUGAAAUCAUGUCAAUCUUAAAAGAUGUCAUAAAUAAACUGCAAAUCAAUGUGCGGUUGCUGAAUAUUACUCAAUUGUCUGAGUACAGAAAAGAUGGUCACACUUCAGUUUUCGGUGAACGGAGGGGAAAACUCUUGACUAGACAACAAAGAUCAGUGCCAAAAGCUUAUGCUGAUUGCAUUCAUUGGUGCUUACCAGGAGUACCUGAUACAUGGAAUGAGUUGUUGUAUGGAAUUUUGUUGCAAGAUUACCGCAAUCAUUGACACCGUAAAUUCUCCUUUUUGAAAGAAUUGUUUAAUAGAUGAUACUCUUCUUAGUCGUCUUAAAAUUUACGAACCUUUUAAAUCACAGUCUCUAGAUUACUUUUCUGCAAACUGAAAUUAUUAUGAGAAAAUGUAAGAUCGCCAUCUAAAAUGUUGUAAGUUACUGUAAAUAGACAAUAGUCUGAUAUUUUGUCAAGGUUGAACAAACAUUAGACCUAAAUCUAACAUUGUUAAGAAGAGCAACUUUCAG